UUUAUUGGUCUAACAAGGGAAAAGAAGACACAGUCUUUAUCUACUUAUAUAUGUCUGCCUUCGGCUCCCUUUGUCUGCCGAUGGCGAUAGGCGCGUCGACGAUCACUACCACAAGUCUUCGACCUCGUUUCUGCGUUCCCCUCUCUUCUUCCGCUUCACCUCCGACGAGCCUCCUCUUUCUCCGCCCUCCAAACCCUAUCUUUCGCCCCAAACGAUGCUCUCCAAUUUCGAUGUCGCUCGCCGCCGAUUCCUCAUCCUCCUCUUCUCCCCUUGUCGGUCGAAAUAUCAAAUGACGCUGGACUAAAGGUAACAUCUCCUGGUAUAAUUGGGCAGAAUGAUUUGUUAAUUGUGGGGCCUGGUGUUCUUGGUCGCAUGGUGGCUGAAAAGUGGCGAAAGGAACAUCCAGAUUGUCAGAUCUUUGGACAUACAAUUACCACCGAUCAUCAUGAUGAAUUGAUCAAGAUUGGCGUCAUUCCUUCUUUAAGAGGAUCAGAGCUUACCGACAAAUUUCCUUAUGUUGUAUUUUGUGCUCCUCCAUCUCGAACCUCAGAUUACCCUAGUGAUGUGAGAUUAGCAGCAUCCAACUGGAGUGGUGAAGGUUCUUUCCUGUUUACAUCAAGUUCUGCUGUAUAUGAUUGCAGCGAUAAUGACUUUUGCAAUGAGGAUUCUCCUCUGGUUCCUAUUGGUAGAAGCCCACGGAUUGAUGUCCUUCUAAGUGCGGAAAAGGAAGUUCUGGAUGUUGGUGGCUGUGUUCUGAGGCUAGCAGGGUUAUAUAAAGAAGAUAGAGGUGCUCAUACUUAUUGGUUGGCAAGAGGAACAGUUGAUGCUCUUCCAGAUCAUGUAGUAAACCUUAUUCAUUAUGAGGAUGCAGCUUCCCUUACGAUUGCAAUCAUAAAAAAGAAGCUUCGAGGUCGAACUUUCAAUGGUUGUGACAAUCAUCCUUUGUCGAGGCAAGAAAUUAUGGAUUCUGUGAACCGAAGCGGGAAGUAUAGCAAGAAGUUCCUGGGAUUUACAGGCACUGAUGGUCCAUUGGGGAAGAGGAUGACUAAUUCGAAAACUCGUGCCGAAAUUGGAUGGGAGCCAACAUUCGUAAGCUUUCCUCAGUUCCUUGGACUACCAGACUGAGUUUGCCUUGUUUUUUCCCUUCUUUGCUAUGUUUUCAGAUGAUUGCAAUCAAGUCGGUCAUUCUGGUAUAUUGGUUUUGUGUGGCUAGAUUAGUGAUCUUCCCGUCAUUAGUAUCCAGUAGCAAGCUAACCUCUUUGACACUUGCGACCAAUCGAAGACCAUAUUGCUUGUUGGUUAUCGUCUUGUCUUGUGCAUGUAUGAAUUGCACAUUGAUUAAUAAGAUGGCCUCCCUUUGCUUCUUGGAA